GAGCGAGUCUCGACGUCGCUGGAAGUUUGCACACCAAAUAAAACGCUACAUAUACGUAUAUAUACCUAUUUGUAAGGCACAUCAACUUAUUUGAUAUGUGGCUCAAGUAUACGGUUAGUCUGUGCGUUUGCCUGCUGCUUGUGCGCGCAGCCAUUGUGCCCAUCGAGGAGCCCAAGGAUGAGCAUAAACAAGGAGUGGGCAAAUCAAACUCAACGCUGGAGCUUGUGCACUUGCUGUUUCGACAUGGCCCACGCACUCCCGUCAACACAUACCCCAAGGACCCGCAUAUUAACGAGACCUAUGAGCCCUACGGCUGGGGUCAGCUGACGAAUGAGGCCAAGGUGGAGCUCUACAAGAUUGGCAAACAAAUGCGCAAACGCUACAAAAACUUGCUGUUGCCCUACUAUAAGCCAGAUCUGCUGCACGCUCAGGCGACGCAGUCGUCACGCACCAUCAUGUCCCUGCAGAUGGUGCUGGCUGGCAUGUUCCCGCCAGAGAAUACGCCCCUGGAGUGGAACAUGAUGCUCAACUGGCAGCCCAUACCCAUCUACACGGAGCCGGAGGCCAGCGACAAGAUCCUGCGCCAGAAGGUGCCCUGCCCCCGGUACGAGGAGGCCGUCUGGGAGGUGAUGCACACGCCAGAGGUGCUCGCCUUGCACGAGAAGAACGCCGAGCUGCUGCAGGAGCUGAGCGACUUGACGGGCCUGAAUGUGACCUAUGCCCAUGACGUGACGGACAUCUUCAUCUCACUGCAGACCGAGCUGGCCUACGGCCUGAAGCUGCCCGAGUGGACCAAGCAGUACUUCCCCGACAAGAUGCGCCCGCUGGCAGCCAAGGCGUACAGCUAUGAUGCCUACACGCCGGAGCUGUGCAAGCUGAAAGGUGGCUACUACCUGGAGGACGUCUACAAGCACUUGCAGGCCAAGAUUGACGGCAAACUGGAGCCAGCGGGCAGAAAGCUGUUCAUCUCCUGUGCACACGACUGGACCAUAUCGAAUGUGCUCAGCGCCCUGAAUGUGUGGGGUGACAGAAUGCCCCGCUUCUCGUCUCUGAUUGCCAUCGAGCUGCAUCGGCGCGCAGAGAGCGGCGACUACUUCGUCGAGAUCUACCUGCAAAACGAUCCCAGCAAGCCGCCAGAGCUACUGCAGGUGCCCGGCUGUGAGGAGCAGUGUCCCAUUGAGAAACUGCUAAAGCUCUCAGAGCCUAUCCUGCCCGACGCGCCCUACGAGCAGCUGUGCCUGGCCAAGGGCACCGGCGACGGCACACGCAUCACUUACCACAACUGAGCGGCCCUCAACUUAAUCUAGCAGUAUUAACUAAACUUGAUAUACAUAUAUAUGGAUGUGGUUUAUAUAUAUGGAGUGUACAUAUGUAGAUAAU